AUGCAAAAGCAGAAACAUAAGCAAAAGUCGUCGCGCCCUUGGAGCGAACCCAAGUGGCACGACCAAUAUCAGCAAUGGUAUUCGGAACGAGUAGGCCGGCAUGGAACCAUAGAGUAUAAUUGGAUUGGGCCAACCCUCCCUAACGCUCCUGACCAAAGUAUCCCACGGUCUGACGCUAUUAACAACCUGGUUGACAACCUGGCUGUAGAGGUCGGUCAUCUUAGUGUCGACCAAGGUAUAUACGACCAAGGCCAGUAUCCUGAUUAUGGGGGCCACCAUGCCACCACCAUCGAUCACGCUAGCUAUACACACGAUGCACGCCAGCCCCAAGAUUCUAAUUACCUUGAUCAUGUGCAGACGCAGCAGCAAAGCAGCAAAGGAAAGGGAAAAUCUCUUGAAGUUGAGCAGCUUGCGGAUUAUGGCAGUUCCUCGGUGGAUAGCAACCAACCACAAGUUACCCGUGGAGUACAACUGGCAAUGGGUGACUACAGCCAAGGAACGCGCCCCCAAUAUACCGGUUCAGAUUAUUUAAGUGCUGAAACUAUCGUAGCUGGUACAGCCGGAAAUGUUUCAGAACCACAAGUGAAUCGUUACGACGAAUCCGAGGAAAACCAGGUUUUUAACGACGACGAAUAUCAGGAAGCUAUCCGCAGGAGCCGCAGCGAGUAUUACGGAACUCAAAAAGCAGGCGAACCAUCUUACUCGACGCCAGUGGCAGAAGCAGCCACAUCAUCAUCCUGGCCUACUGCCGUUGACCCUAAUGCAUACGAAUUAAAUCCAUCCCUAGUAAACGGAGACGACCUACCAACACCCCGUGGUGGUUCGCCAGUUUCGGGUCCUAUGAUCCCAUCAACUCUAUCUUACGCCAAUUACAUUCAGGGAACACCAGGAAUGGAAGAAAUCCUAGAUAGCCGAUACAGAGUAGAACAUUCAGCGCGGUUUCAACCAGGCGAGGUGUUCAAGAUUCUUUGGUCAGAACCUCUCGGCCAAAUCGGUGGCGACGACCCAAUUUCCGAUGUAACGAAAAGAAGGACCGCGGCUGGUAGUAAAUUCUAUGUUGGUUUUCGUAGGUUCAUCAUUGUCACAACGGACGAGAGCCAUCAUAGCACUUGCGUGCCAAUCCUAACGUACGACCGAAGAGGAUGUCUAAAGAAAGGCGUUAGACCUAGCAAACAUGGAAUAAUAUACAUGGCAGGGAGUAAGCCUAGACUUUUAAAGAAUGAACCCGAACUUGGCUUCACCCCCGUAGCACUUCAGGUCUACGCGGAAGGCGAGAAACUUGCCAAGGAAUCUCGAGUCAACUACUCCAAGUUAGUCACUAUUGAGCACAACGUCAAGGUCUUUUUCAUCGGCUCGAUUACCGGAGAAGAUUUCGAAAAUGUCAGCUAUGCUGUUGACGUGUGCUGGGAUAAGAAGAUGCGUCUAUCGAAAAAGUCGAGGAGGUAA